AUGACUACCACCAGUGGAAAGCCACGCCUGGGGAAAAUCUCUGGCUACAUGGGCCUGCGGAUUGUGGGAAGUCAAUUCUAUGGUGAUGAGACAGACAAUACUAUCAAACUCGCCCAUUUCUCUGUCAAGGAAUUUUUGACUGCUAAGAAUACUGGUUCAUCAAGUCCGUGGUGGCAGCUGAGCGAAAUGGAAGGCCACCAAAGCAUAGCAGCACGGGCUAUUGAAUACUUGCUUGAGAAAACGGAGCUCCUAAGCGAAGAAUGUGCACGUACUCUUCCGCUAUUCAACUACGCUGCAAAACACUGGCAUGAGCACUUCCUUAAGCUCGGUGAUCUUACUACCGAACCAACGAACAUAAACAAAAAGUUUUUCUGUCUGUUUGAGAAUUGCAAAGUCUACACGAACUGGUCAAUACUUGGAUUGGUUGCCGUGGUUCAUCAGCUCCUCCUAUCUGAGCAUGAACCUCUGGUGGGUUCCAAAGGCUCAUUGUACAGAAGUGCGGUGCAAGCUUCUGCCAGUAAAGGUCAUCUCGCUGUUCUAAUACGGCUAUUGAAGGAGAUCGAGAUUUCGGAAGAAAUUGCGGUGGAUGUUCUGCGGUUGUUGACGUAA